AUGGACCGACUCGAUAUGGUAGACCGGCCGCUUUCGCCCAUCACGGAACGCUCCUCCUUCUCCUCUCGCCGCUCCAUGCCCUCCUCGCCUACGGUACCUCUGCGGUCCCAGCCUAUCCGCGAGAUCUCAUACGAGUCCGAGCGGGAGCAAGACAACGACGAAGGGAGUCUCUACUCGCAGGUAUCGUCAGGCGAGACGAUCACCGCACGGACCACCAUAGGAGAUGGUCGCCAUGGCGAGGAUGGCAGUCAGCCCGCCGGACUCCUGGCUGCUCGACCGUCGUCAGAGGCCUUCUCUACGUCGCCAUCGCCUAGCCGUACGCCUCGGGGCUCCCUCCCGUCCACGCCCACGUCGCAGAGCAGGAUGGAAGUUGCGCUCCCUGGCGGGCUUUUACCUCCUCCGCGAGGCAAGCGCGACUCUGCCCAGUCCUACACCAACCGCGUUCCCAUCCCCACACUCAGUCAGCCCAUCGGAGCACCCCCACCCUCCCGCCGACGCCAAUCACACGUCGACUCGUAUCCUGGCGGAAGGGAGCCUGUCAAUCUAGACGAAACAGACGACGAGGCGGACUUUGACGCUCGGAGUGUCGCCACCGCGACGACGGCGGGGCUGGCUGGUCUCGGAGCGGGCGAGCGGGGCGUCUCGGAUGAUUUUGGACGAGAAGGGGUGGAGAAGGUCCAGGUGGCGCUGAAGGGUAUCAUGGAGGAGCAGGACAUGCAGAUGAAGCGGUUCAGGGAGAACGCUCCAACACCGCCAAGGUCUCGCCCAAACUCAUUCUUCCACGAUCCGGCACAUCCAACCCUGCACAACAUCCCCACGUUCGCCGAUUCUUACCCAACAGAGAAAUCGCCGAUCCCGCCCCCUCUCAAGUCGAGACCCUCUAGCAAGCUGUUCAAGUCUCCACCGGCGAGCAGGCCCGUCAGCCGUCCGGGCAGUAUCCGGGGAGACAAGUCUGGAAAGGGCGCAGACAAGGCCGGUCGAGCUGUCACUUCUGCUGCGGUGAGCGAUGUCGAUCACGGAUGGGGAGAGGGGAGACCCGUCACCGAAGGAGCAGUGCCGGUCCCGCGCAGAGGAAUCUCAAUGCAGGACGCCCUCGAGCUCAGUCCCCCCUCAACCACCGCCUCCCUCCAGUCCCACUCCCCCACAAAACCUUCCUCGCCAGCACCGCCGGUCUCCACCUCCCCCACCCGAUCACUCACCCGCAACAAGACCGCCCCAUCCACCAAAAAGCGCACUUCCCGGAUCAUCCCCAACGUCAUCUUUUCGCUCUUCUCCGAUGCGCCCUCGGAGCGGAAACGUGAGUCCAUAGCACUCGGGGACGAGCAUACCCACUCGAAACUCCGUGGCGAGGCGGCAGCGCGACAGCGGUCUACGCUGGCCAAAAGCAAGCCCAAGUCUGUCCGGGCGGAAAGUAAGGGGAGGGUCAACUUCAGCCAGCGGAGUCGCAAGUCGAUACCUGCUCCUGUAUCGGAUGGUCUGCAUGUGGCGGAUGGGGAAGGAGGGGGCGGCUUGAGUCUGUUGGAAGCUACCGUACGAAAAAGCGGGACGUUCGGGGUUAGGGAUGACGACUCGGGCGUAUUCCACCGGCAGGAAGAGGGUGAGGAGGCGCUGGAGUCGCCCAGGAUGCUGGGGCUGGGUCUUAGGCGCUGGUCGAGCGGCGGUCCUGUGAUGGAGGCGGAGCGGGUCGUCCCUCUCGGUCAGCCUCUCGGUACCACGCGGGAUGACGCGAAUCGCCAGCGGUCCGGCUCGCUCAGAACAGACAUCACAACGGGGACGGCGAGGACAUUCUCCCCGGAUAGACAGCGCGAUCUGUACUCGCCCAACGCACUGGACAGUGCCGAGGACCUCAUCUUCGACGCCGCUCUUCGGAGAAGCGAUGGGCUUCCCCCUAUCUCGGAGAGAUCACAUACUGGUCAUAGCAAUACCGAUCACCAUUACCCCGCUGCCAUUUCCGAACGUCUCGAUCGCCUCCACCCGCUUUCGCUCACCCCGGGCCACGACGCUUCCACACUGCUACGCGGCCAGCCUGACAUCAGUCCGACCGAAUCUACGGAGGGACAAAGUAGUCCCCUCGCCGCCAGUCCCGGUAGCGCCCACAGCCCCGAUCCUGACAUUCGGACGCCAGGCCUGGUCCAUUCGACCGAUCCGGACGUAUCGGCCGUGACGCCCCCUCAUCCCCAUCCCAAGCGGCUUCGGGCGGCGCAGAUGAGCUCGGAGGCGGUACAUGAGGCUCAUACGCGAAUUCAGAGACAGCAGGAAACCUCCGGUGAGGCGCUGGGCGGGAGGACAGCAGACGUGGCGAGGUCAUCGUACCUCGGUGCGAGGGAGGUAUGCGGUGAAGGUGAUAAGCACGACCUGGCCGGCGGGGCUAGGGUCAAAGUGCAGGUCAGCGAAGCUGGCCAAGAGGAGCAGGACCGAACGGCGGUCAAGCUGGAACAGGCCCGUCGGGAUCCUCCAGCCACUAUUACGAGGCGGAAGCUACCUACUGCACCUCUCUCCCUCGGUCCUCACCAGCCUAUCGCGCCACUACCACGCAUCGCGCGCUCCCCAUCGCCGCGACCAGACCAGCCAAACGCUCGUCCGCCCCAAGUACCCGAAUGGACCCGUGCUCGCCCCGUAUCGUUCUACGGCCCUCCUCAAGCCUCACCAGCCGGUCUGCCUCCCCUGCCGCCCUCACUCUCACCUCCACUCUCCUCCAGCGGGCAUGGCCAUGGUCAUGGGCACGGUCACAGCACAGCUGACCUUCCCCUCCUCAUCGCCUCCCAUCUCUUCUCGUCGCAUGCCACAAGUCUGAUGCGCCACUCGGCUCAAGCAAACGGGAUGGGCGAGGAGUUUCACCGCCUAGCCCAGGAGUCGCUCGACUGGGGAAGGUUGUUGAUGUCUAUGGCGGGGAAGCAUAAUGGCGCCGGGCCUGAAGACCCGGAUAUGGGUCGUCGGAUGCGAGUUCCGAGUAUGAGUGGGCGGUACGACGGGAUGCCCGGCUUAGACGCGGAGGGUCUGCAGGAUGCCUUCACUCGUCUUCCACCACGGCGGGACGCGUACGACGCCCAUCUUCACCCUCACGCCAGUAUCCCGAUCCCAUCGCAUCCCCUCCCUACUUCGCCUCCUACGCAACUACGUAACCCCGCUACGUCACGCUCGCUGCCUUUUCCUAGCUCGGCCCCGAUUCCCAUUGGCCCUACUCUCCCGGUCCCGCUAGAGCAGCAAGUCCUCGACGAAGACCUCUCCCGCUCCAAGCAGGAAGAACGGCGGCGCAAGUCCGAGAGUCUCCCGCCUCAGUGGUUUCAGCGGGUCGAGCAUCUGGGUGAGCGCGGCUGGGACUCGAUCCAUGAGGCAGAGGCGGUAUGGCGGGACAGUAUGGAGAGGGAAGAGGCGGGGCUGUUGCUCCGGUCUGCAUCUACGCAGGGACAGAGGACCUCCGCUAUUAGGUAUGGGUAUGAGAAUGAAGUGGACGGGAGUCGGGUGGCAGGGAGGGAGUAUCUCGUCCUGACCCCUCUGAGCCAGCGGGACGGAGAGGGGGAGAUGAAGGACAUUGUGGAGCUGGAGCCGACGGUGGGUCGAGAAGAGAACGGGGGGAGGGGCGGUACGAGCGAGCGAAACAAGUUGACCAAGCGCUCGAGCAGGAUGACGGGGAGUCGGAUGACGGGGACGACGGACGGAGGAGGUACGGUCAGAGGCGGAAGUACAAUCCGGGCGAAUGCUACUGUGCGUCGAGGUCUACCUGUUGAAUCGAUUAAUGGGGAGGCGGGUGUAAUGGAAGGGAGUGUCAAGGAGGGGAAGAAAUCGAGGUGGUGGAGACGGGGGUGA